GACACCUCAAACCUGGAUUCCUCUGCUCUGCAUUAAGUGCUGGAGUUUUUAUUACUUGCUGUAGGGAAGCCGUUGCCAAUGCUUACAAGGAACUGCUUAUCCCUGCUUCUGUGGGUCCUGUUUGAUGGAGGUCUCCUAACGCCACUGCAUCCACAACCACAACAGACUUUAGAAGCAGAGCCAAGAGAAAAUGUUGUCCCAGUGCCAGGGAGGAGGUCAUCUGCCCAGCGAGUCAAACGAGGCUGGGUCUGGAAUCAAUUUUUUGUGCUGGAGGAGUACAUGGGCUCCGAACCUCAGUAUGUGGGAAAGCUUCAUUCUGACUUGGACAAAGGAGUGGGCACUGUUAAAUAUACCCUUUCAGGAGAUGGUGCCGGCACGGUUUUUACCAUUGAUGAGACCACAGGAGACAUUCAUGCCAUAAGGAGCCUAGAUCGAGAAGAAAAACCUUUCUACACUCUCCGGGCUCAGGCUGUGGAUGUUGAUACCAAGAAACCACUAGAGCCUGAAUCAGAGUUCAUCAUCAAAGUGCAGGACAUUAAUGAUAAUGAGCCAAAGUUCCUGGAUGGACCUUAUGUUGCCAGUGUCCCAGAAAUGUCUCCAGUGGGUGCAUAUGUGCUUCAAGUAAAGGCGACAGAUGCUGAUGAUCCCACUUACGGAAACAGUGCUCGAGUGGUUUACAGCAUUCUUCAGGGGCAACCAUAUUUCUCCAUUGAUCCGAAGACAGGUGUAAUAAGAACGGCUUUGCCAAAUAUGGACAGAGAAGUGAAAGAACAAUAUCAGGUUCUAAUCCAAGCCAAGGACAUGGGAGGACAGCUGGGAGGACUAGCUGGUACUACCACUGUAAACAUUACUCUCACGGAUGUCAAUGACAACCCACCCAGAUUUCCUAAGAGUAUCUUCCAUUUAAAAGUACCUGAAUCCUCUCACGUUGGUUCUGCUAUUGGAAGGAUCAGAGCUGUCGACCCUGAUUUUGGGAAAAAUGCAGAAAUUGAGUACAACAUAGUUCCAGGAGAUGGAGGAAACUUAUUUGACAUCACAACAGAUGAGAACACCCAGGAAGGAGUCAUCAAACUGAAAAAGCCAUUAGACUUUGAAACAAAAAAGGCAUACACCUUUAAAGUUGAGGCCUCCAAUCUCCAUCUUGACCAUCGGUUUCACUCGGUGGGACCAUUCAAAGAUACUGCCACUGUGAAGAUAAAUGUGUUGGACAUGGAUGAACCUCCAGUUUUCAGCAAGCCUGUGUACACAAUGGAGGUUUAUGAGGAUACGCCUGUGGGGACCAUCAUAGGUGCGGUCACAGCACAAGACCUCGAUGCUGGCAGCAGCUCGGUUAGAUAUUUCAUCGAUUGGAAGAAUGAUGUGGACAGCUACUUUACAAUAGAUGCUACCGAAGGAACCAUUGCUACUAAUGAAUUACUGGACAGAGAAAGCACUGCACAGUACAAUUUCUCUAUAAUUGCAAGUAAAGUUAGUAACCCACUACUAACCAGCAAAGUCAACGUUAUAAUAAAUGUCCUGGAUGUCAACGAGUUUCCUCCUGAAAUUUCAGUUCCAUAUGAGACAUCUGUAUGUGAAAAUGCCAAACCAGGACAGGUGAUACAGACUGUCACUGCAGCAGACAAAGAUUUGUCACCAGCUGGGCAAAGGUUUUCCUUCAGACUGUCAGCCGAAGCGUCCAACAAACCAAAUUUCACAGUCCAUGACUACAGAAACAACACAGCUGGGAUUGAAACCAGGAGAAAUGGUUACAGCAGAAGGCAGCAAGAGCUGUACUUUCUUCCACUAGUAAUAGAAGAUAGCAGCUACCCUGUCCAGAGCAGCACAAACACAAUGACUAUCCGUGUUUGCAGAUGUGAUUCUGAUGGCACCAUCCUGUCCUGCAACGUGGAAGCAAUCUUCUUACCAGUAGGCCUCAGCACAGGAGCGCUGAUUGCAAUCUUGUUGUGUAUUGUUAUACUUCUAGUCAUUGUGGUACUGUAUGUAGCACUACGGAGGCAGAAGAAAAAGGACACCCUGAUGACCUCUAAAGAAGACAUCAGAGAUAAUGUUAUCCAUUAUGAUGAUGAAGGAGGUGGAGAAGAGGACACCCAGGCUUUCGACAUAGGUGCCCUGAGGAAUCCCAAAGCGAUUGAAGAUAACAAAAUACGCAGGGACAUAAAACCAGACACCUUGUGUUUUCCACGUCAGAGACCACCAGUUGAAGAUAACGCAGACAUAAGAGAUUUCAUUAAUCAAAGGCUGCAGGAAAAUGAUGUAGAUCCAACUGCACCUCCUUAUGACUCCUUGGCAACCUAUGUUUAUGAAGGAAAUGGAUCUGUUGCAGAGUCUCUCAGCUCUAUAGACUCCCUUACUACAGAGGCAGACCAGGAUUAUGACUAUCUGAGUGACUGGGGACCUCGCUUUAAGAUCUUGGCAGACAUGUUCGGACAAGAAGAAAGUUAUAACCCUGACAAAGUCACUUAAGUACAACUACAACAGUGAAAUAAAAAGAAAAGUAAACCAACAACAAAUUUAAAAGAUAAACCUAAGCUUUAUAAUAGGACAGGAUUCCUUUGAUUAUAAAAGACAGCAACUGUUUCCAGCAAGUUACUACAUGUAUCAUACUGUCAGUUUUGGUUUGAUCUGCGAAGGAAAGAUAAAUCCUGUAAUAUACACAGUUUUUUGUUGUUGUUAUUUUGUUACUCUGGAAUUACACUGAGACAAGCUCAGGCCUACAAGGUACAGUUUACUGACCUGACUUAGAAGGAAGAUAGCUUUCUGGCAUCACAGUGGAAGAGUGGUAGCUUUUUCGUAAUUCCACUAAAGUGCCUAUUGAAACUUUUAUCAUUUAAGUGGUAAAGAGUCUGCUGUGAUGGUGUUACAAAACUGAAUGGUAAAUUGGUCAAGAACUUUAAGACAAGAAGCAAUAGCAACAUGCUGACUUCUUUUAGAACAAAAAUGGAGAUCGCUUCCUGAAGUAUAUCUAAUGACGAAAACUAAGGGGGGGUGUAC